UUCGGGCCUUAGAGCCGGGGCUCAUUCCUCGCUCAUUCCUGUCCCUGCAUGAAAGGGCACGAGGCCGCUGGGCUCUGUUGCGAUGGCCUUUCAGCGGACACAGUCCUAUGGCACUGCCAGCCGGCACGCGUGAGCUCGCUCCGGCCUCGAGUGGCCCGUGUGCCCCUCUGCCCUCUGUUGCCCUCUCCGUGCUGGACUGCUCGGUGCGGCCAGGAUUCACCGCAGAGCCAGUUCCUCCCUCGCUGCGCUUUCCGUCUCGCUCUGCCUCGAGCUCGGAACACUCCGGGCUUGGAGCCAGGGUGUGCAUUCUCUCCUAGACUUCUGUGAGUGCGUGGUCUCAGGGUCAGCACUCGCAGCAUAAUGCUUUCACUCAGCCCACUCAGGAAACCUGGAAGGAGCAGAAGCCCACCGGUGAGCAGAGGCCCUCUGAGCCAGGACCAAGGACAGCAUGGCCACGGCCGCGCCGCUGCGCAGCCUGGAGGAGGAAGUGACUUGCUCCAUCUGCCUGGAUUACCUGCGGGACCCGGUGACCAUCGACUGUGGCCACGUCUUCUGCCGCAGCUGCACCGCCGACAUCCGCCCCGCCCCGGGGGGCCGCCCCGUCUGCCCGCUCUGCAAGAAGCCCUUUAAGAAGGAGAACAUGCGCCCCGUGUGGCAGCUGGCCAGCCUGGUGGAGAACAUCGAGCGGCUGAGGGUGGACAGGGGCAGGCAGCGGGGGGACGCGUCGCGGGAGCAGCGGGACGCGAGGCUGUGCGAGCGGCACGGGGAGAAACUGCACUAUUACUGCGAGGACGACGGGCAGCUCCUGUGCGUGCUGUGCCGGGAGUCCCGGGAGCACCGGCCGCACGGGGCCGUGCUGCUGGAGAAGGCCGCCCAGCCCCGCAGGGAAAAAAUCCUGAACCACCUGAGUAUUCUAAGGAGAGACAGAGACAAAAUUCAGGGCUGCCAGGCGAAGGGAGAAGCUGAUAUCCUGGCUGCGUUGCAGAAGCUCCGGGAGCAGAGGCAGCACGUCGUGGCCGCGUUUGCGCAGGGCCACCAGUUCCUUCGGGAGCGGGAGCAGCACCUGCUGGACCAGCUGGCCAGGCUGGAGCAGGAGCUCGCCGAGGGCAGGGAGAAGUGCCAGGCCAGGGGCAGCGGGGAGCUGGCCCGGCUGGCGCUGGUCAUCUCCGAGCUGGAGGGCAAGGCCCAGCAGCCGGCCACAGAGCUCAUGCAGGACACCAGGGACUUCCUGAGCAGGUACCCGCGGAAGAAGUUCUGGCUCGGGAAACCCAUUGCUCGGGUGGUGAAGAAAAGGACAGGAGAAUUCUCAGAUAAACUCGUGUCUCUGCAGCGAGGCCUGCGAGAAUUCCAGGGGAAGCUGCUGAGAGACCUGGAAUAUAAGACCGUGAGUGUCACCUUGGACCCGCAGUCCGCCAGCGGGUGCCUGCUACUGUCGGAGGACUGCAAAUGUGUGGCCUACAACAGCGGCCUGUACCGCUGUGCUUACCUGCACCCCCAGCGGUUCGACUGCGAGCCGGCCGUGCUGGGCAGCAAGGGCUUCACCUGGGGCAGGGUGUACUGGGAAGUGGAGGUGGAGCGGGAGGGCUGGUCCGAGGAUGAAGAGGACGGGGACGAGGAGGAAGAGGGGGAGGAGGGGGAAGAGGAGGAGGAAGAGGAGGCUGGCUAUGGAUACGACAACUGGGAAACAGAUGAGGAUGAGGAAUCGCUGGGGGACGAAGAGGAGGAAGAGGAGGAAGAGGAGGAAGUUCUGGAAAGCUGCAUGGUGGGCGUGGCCAGAGACUCUGUGAAGAGGAAGGGAGACCUCCCCCUGCGGCCGGAGGACGGGGUGUGGGCGCUGCGCCUCUCCUCCGCUGGCAUCUGGGCCAACACGGAUCCUGAGGCCGAGCUCUUCCCAGCAGCGCGGCCCCGCAGAGUGGGCAUCGCCCUGGACUACGAGGGGGGCACCGUGACCUUCACCAAUGCCGAGUCGCAGGAGCUGCUGCACACCUUCACAGCCACCUUCACCCGGCGCCUGGUCCCCUUCCUGUGGCUCAAGUGGCCCGGAACACGCCUCCUGCUGAGACCCUGAGCCCGCUGCCUGCCGCCCCCACGGUCUCUGGAAUGCCAGGACUGACAUAGGAGGAGAUGCCUGGCCCAGCACCUGAUGGCGGGAGAGGAGGGACCACAGCCACUGCUGCUCCACCACUCUGCAGGGCGCCUCUUCUCCCGCCUCCUGGGCCCUGUGCCAACUGCCAACCCGGCUCCUCCCGCCCUCCCGGGCCUUUGACCCAGCCCUGCCACGUCUGCGGAGUAAGAGGCCAGGCAGCACUUUCUUGCCCAGCAUAGCGUUCCGUGCCACGUGUCCUUGGGAAAGACGAGUGGACUGUCCUACCCUGGUCACUGCUGUCCCCAGACCCCACAGCUUCCCUCACCCCGUCCACCCUGCUGCCUUCCCUGGCACUUACAGAGCGGCCCCGACGCGGAGGGAAACAUCUAGGAAAAGGCUGCAAACGGACGGAGGGAAAGGCAGCGAGGCCUCCCUGGCACUGGAGUCGCUGCGCGGAGAUCCGUGUGGAGGGCAGAGGUCACCUUCGGAGCCCAGGGCUGUGCCGUGCGGUCCAGACAGUGGAGGUGGGGCUCCUUCCGCCACGGGGUCUUGGGGAUGGUCUACUUCCUUGGCUUUGGGAUGACAGUUGAGACCAGUGAACAGUAAGUGAGCUCUGGGUUGGUCCUGGUUUGGAGAGUUUGUAAACACCCAGGAUGCCUUGCUCUUCGUGGUCCAUCUGGAAGCACAGGGUGAACAUCCCCCUGAGCAGAGCCUCCCCCCGCAGGGCUGGACCAGCUGCUCCAGUGGGGCGCUCGGCUCUGCCCGCCCCCAUCCUCCGGGCUCAGGCUGGGGAGAGCAGGCAGAGGGUGUCCACAGGCCCACAUGCCUUUAUGUCACGAGAGGAAUUAAAGCAAAUCUGCCCACAAGCCCAGCCCUGGUCCCAGCCUCUGUCCAGGCCCCAUAGUGCCCACAAGCUCCCUGCUCCAGCCAGAUCUCCUCGAAGCUGCCCUUCCAUGGCGAGCACUCUGCCUGGCCUGCCCUGAGCGGCUGCUUCCCACCGCUGGACCACAGUGCCCUCUUCGCCAGGCCACAUGCUGCCUCCAUCACGCACGUCUGACUUGUGUCUAGUUCUGUAAGCUCUUGGAGGGCGGGCACCGUAUCUUGUAUUUCUCUUUAUUCUCCAUGGCACCUAGUGCGGUGCUGCACAGAGCAGGUGCUCAGUAAAACCUUGGACAGC